GUGUGGGAGAGUAACUCCCUUUGGCGUGGACUUUGUAACUUUGCAGUCCUUUUACAUGCACAAAUAACGAUAUAACGCAGUAAAGGAAAGGGAAAAAGCACAAAAGCAUAAUAGGUCCUCUUUAAGUGGUGUUAUAGCUGGAUGAGGAGCCGUGCUAGAAAAUGAAAUGAUUUCUACGAUUCCUAUCGGGGGGGGAAAACCAAAGUGAUGAAUAACAAAACAUUUAUUUGUGGGCUGGAUGUAAAUUCUAUUAUGUGCUGGAUCUGGCCCUCAGGCUGGUAGUUUGAGACCUCUGGUUGAUUAGAUGCUCUCUUGCAAGUGGUCUUCACAGGUAAGUGUGGCAAACUGACUUAUAUAAAUGCUUCCUUCAUUAUAUUCACUUUCUUGCAUGCAUGUAAUUGUUUCAUGUUGACAAUUAAAUACGUUUAAAAAAAACAUAAAAGGUGAAAAUGGUGCAAGAAAGGCCGCAAUAUCUUGAGCUGGUUGUGGUUGAAAAGAAGAGAAUUGCUCAAAUCUGUUGGAAAAUGUUCAAUGUGAGGUCAAGAAAUAAACUGUGUUCAUAGUGGCCUCACAUACUGUAGUGCUGACGGAGACGAUGGCUUUCUUUUCAACCAUUUUCACCCCCGAGCGCCAAUGAAUGAAAAGGUGUUUCCUAUUUGUCUGUAAAGGCUUUUCAUUGGCGUUUUUAAACUGAAACUUAAAUGCAAUAUAAAUGAAAGUGAACUGAAACACUGCACCCUGUGUUUCCCAGGCUCAGGUUGAGGCAAAAAAGGAACAUGAAGGCGCUGUCCAUCUGUUAGAGAAAUAUUCAGGGCUGCUUCUUUUCUUGGGCUUUUUACUACCCACUCAGCUCUGUUUCACAUUUCCCCCAUCAAAGCAAACUCACAAGCGGAGAGCUUUUUGAAAGUCGGGAACAUGACUGACAGCAUAAACUGGUCUUGAUCAUAAAGAAAAAUUCAGCGACACUCGCUUAACAAUUGAUGAAAAGAUUCAGAAUAUGGAUCGACUUCAAUUAAAGAGGGAUGCCUGGGGCCUCAGUGACCGACCUCAAUCCCACAUAAUCAAAGCCCAUCGACACAUCGAGGCCAAAGUCCGUGAGCUGGAGGAGAAAUGCCGGUCUCAGAGUGAGCAGUUCAACCUCCUGUCAAAAGAGCUGGAGAAGUUCCGGAUCCAGGCGGGGAAGUUUGAUAUCCUCAGCACUGAGCCGUUGACUGUGUGUGAAUCUCCCGGGUCGCCCAACAAAUCCCUCUCACAGCUCCUUAAUGGACUGGCUGCCCCCAUAGGAAAAGGCAAUGAGGCUCCAACAAGCAGAUCUUUGAUAUCGGAGUUCAUCCGACCGCUCCAGAUCAGUGGAGACAAGCCCGAGCUCCUCUCUGUCAAGCCAACAUUCCUCACUCGCGGUCGAGUCAGCAGCCCGGCGCGGGGCUUCCUCCCUGAGAUGGACAAAGAGCUCAGCUCAACUACCAGGUCCAAACCGAGGUUCACGGGGAAGGUUCGUCUGUGUAUCGCUCGGUACAGUUACAAUCCUUAUGACGGGCCUAAUGAGCAUCCUGAGGCAGAACUCCCCCUGGUGGCAGGGAAGUACCUCUACGUUUACGGGACGAUGGAUGAGGACGGCUUUUACGAAGGAGAGCUGCUGGACGGACAGCGGGGACUCGUCCCAUCCAAUUUUGUGGAUUUUAUCCAAGAUGGGGAGACAACCUCUGUCCAACACAGGGACACAGUGGCUAAAGAACCUGGCUACCUCAACCACAGUAGCCUGGGGUCUCAGAGACUGAAAGUCGGCACAGGAACGGUAACGGGCAUAAGCAGCCUGCUGUCUGACAGUAAACUAAGCACCAGCAGCUUGGGCAUGGACCUCCUGGGCUCCUCCAGCAACGGGACGGGAACCUUGGACGUCAGCACUGACGAGGUCGGUGAAGACAUUGUGCCUUAUCCCCGCCGCAUCAACCUGAUUAAACAACUGGCCAAGAGCGUGAUCAUCGGCUGGGAUCCUCCCGUGGUACCGCCGGGCUGGGGCUCCAUCAGUGGCUACAAUGUCUUGGUGGAUAAGGAGUUGCGCAUGAGUGUCCCCUACGGGGGCAGGACAAAGUCUCUUCUUGAAAAGCUCAAUCUGGCCACCAACACCUACCGGAUCUCCGUGCAGAGCAUCACCGACCGGGGCCCGUCGGACGAGCUCCGGUGCACUCUGCUCGUGGGGAAGGACGUGGUGGUGGCACCUUACUACCUGCGGGUGGACAGCAUCACGCAGGUCUCUGCUGAGCUCUCGUGGAUGCCCAGCAGCAGCAACUACAGUCACACCAUCAUACUCAAUGGCGCAGAGUACGACAUGGUCAAGGCGGGGGGCUAUAAGUACAAGUUCUUUAACCUGAAACCCAUGACAGUUUACAAGGUGAAGGUUGUGGCGCAGCCGCAUCAGGUGCCUUGGCAGCUUCCGAUGGAUCAGAGGGAGAAGAAGGAAAUCUCUGUGGAGUUCUGCACUCAGCCUGCAGUGUGUGUGUUGUGCUCCUCAGGGCCCCCUCUCCCUCCCCAGGAGGUGCAGGUUCAAUGUGGUCAGACGCCGGGGGUCCUGCAGGUCAGGUGGAAGCCGCCGCUUCUGACGUCUUCAGGCACCUCCAACGGGGCCAGCGUGAUUGGCUACGCCGUGUGCACAAAGGGACAAAAGAUAGCAGAGGUCUUAUACCCCACAGCAGACUAUGUGACCGUGGAGUUAAACAGGAUCCAGUGUCUGGAGGCCAGGGAAAUCAUUGUAAGGACGUUAUCCACACAAGGAGAGUCCCAAGACUCGCCCGUGGCCAUUAUCCCGAACAAUCUCCUGGGCUCCCCGCGCCUCUCCCACCGAACCACUGCACCUAUGACCCACCCGCCGCCCCAUCCGGUGCACUCGCAAACCCACCCUCCUUACCCGUCAACGUACCCCCCGAAUCACCCCCAGCCCCAGGUGCAGCCUCUGCCUCGAUCCCAGCCCCACACGCUGCCCCACGCACAACCGCACUCGCAGCCCGUCUGCCAGCCCCCUCCUCCUCCUCCUCAUUUCCAGCGCCACCCCAUGCCCACGUCCAAACCGUUAGUAAGUGCCAGAGAGCCAGAAACCAAAGAGCAUGAGGUGGGCAUGCGGAAAGCCCAGCCCUGGGAGCGAUCCCCGUCUCCGCUGCCCCCCAUGCGUGGACCCAACCUGGAGCCGCCGCACUUCCAGCCACGGCGAUCGCCCUCUCCUCAGAGGAUCCUGCCACAGCCUCAGGGAGUCCCCAUCACCAACACCAUCGCCAAGGCCAUGGCCAGGGAAGCUGCCCAGAGAGUGUUUGCCGAGGGCAACCGGGUUGAGAAAAGGAACAUCUUUAGUGAGCGAGGUAACUCCUUGCAUCCAGUCAACUCUGACGAGGAGGAGGACGGCUACGACUCUCCUCAUGCGAGGAGGAGAGGAGCCUCGGUGGAUGAGUUCCUCAGAGGCUCAGAGUUGGGCAGACAGCAACAUCAUCACCACUACAGCCACAGUGAGGAGUACCACACAGAGAGCAGCCGCGGUUCGGACCUGUCCGACAUAAUGGAGGAGGACGAGGAAGAUCUUUACUCUGAGAUGCAGCUGGAGGAGGGCCGUAGGCGCAGCAUCAACUCUCACAACACUCUUAAGGCGUAUUACAAGCGUCAGGACUUAGCCGAGGAGAGGGACUGCUGGGACCUCCAGAGGGAGGUGGUGAAGCAGAAGUCGCUCCGCAGCAAGCGUCUCCACAGCAUCCCCGAGGUGGCCGAGGAAGAGUCGGACUGCGUGGACGGCAUGGGCCAGCGCCUGUGCUUCGAAGACGGCGGGCGGCCUGGAACGCCGCACACUCAGCGGAGGAUGUACCCCCAGGACAACCACCACGCCCCCGGCAAGAACUCCCGCCACCUGCAGCGCCAACGCUCCUCCCCUCGCUUCACCGACAGCCGUUACUGCUACACCGCGGACGAGCGCAGCCUGGUGCGACCCAACCGACAGAACACCAAGAGUCCUGACAGCGGUUUGGACUGCGGCAGUGAGGAAGAAGGCUCUCUGGGCCGGGGAUAUCGAGGGUACUACGCUCACGGGAGCCCCAUGCGGGGGCCCGUUCACAUCAUUCACUGUGAAGGCCCGGUAGAGAGGCGGGCGCUGGCUAUGGGCCGUAAGAGAACUCUGACUCGCCAGUGCAGCAUGGAGGAGGAGUACUCUGACCUCCCAGUGACUUCAGCCAAGUCGGUACACACGGGGGACUUUAGGAACAGGGAGCACUUUGGGCCUGGUCGGGAGGCCGGGCAGCGAAACUACUCCAGGGAGGGGGCCCUGAGCGAGGGCCGGCUGAACGAGCUGGACAGGGUCUAUUACAGCCCCCACAGGGAGGCUAGGGCCCAGUCUUUGUCCAGGCUCAACCGGGACCAGCCGCUGAUCAUUGGGAACUCACCGUCGCAUGGAAACGCUGACCGCCUGGACCACUCGGGGAGGUCGGGGAGGGUUCACAUCGGCAACCCCCCUCAGCAGCGGCCCAUCCCAUCCAUUGAGAUCACCAUGGACAGUAACAGUGAGGGGAGUGAGGGGAACCUCUCACCCGUCAAGGAGGAUGUUUACUAUGGCAGUGUAGCUCGGCGCAGGAUAUGGCGAUCUAUGUCCUCAGAGGAUCAAUCUGACGGCUUUGGCGGGCGCAGGCAGGGGCGGGGACGGCGCUCCCUGGAUUACUACGAGGAGUCGGAGCCGGAGGAGAUGACCCGUGUGUUUGUGGCUCUGUUCGACUACGACCCCAUGUCCAUGUCGCCCAACCCCGACGCUGCUGAUGAGGAGCUGCCAUUCAAGGAGGGCCAGAUCAUCAAGGUCUUUGGGCAUAAAGACACAGAUGGCUUCUACAGGGCGGAGGUCCGAGACCGCGUGGGUCUGAUCCCCUGUAACAUGGUCUCUGAGAUCCAAACGGAGGAUGACGACAUGAUGGACCAGCUCCUUAAACAGGGCUUCCUGCCACUCAACACUCCUGUGGAGAAGUUAGUGAACUGUGACCGUUUCAAAGAUGGCCGCUCAAUAAAUCGCAGGUCCAGAAAGUCCAAGAGAGAGAGGAACAGGCGGAGUGGCCGUCAACAUCCGAUGUCAACGCGGAGAAUGGUGGCCCUGUACGACUACGACCCCCGAGAGAGCUCCCCUAACGUUGAUGUAGAGUAUGAGGGCAACAGACUGAAUGAAGAGGCUGAACUGACUUUCUGUGCCGGUGACGUCAUCACAGUUUUUGGUGAAAUAGAUGAAGAUGGCUUUUACUAUGGCGAGCUCAAUGGACACAAGGGACUUGUUCCUUCCAACUUUCUAGAAGAAGUGCCUGAUGAUGUAGAGGUUUUUCUCACUGACUCACCAUCUCGAUACCCCCAGGACACUCCUGCACGGAUAAAGACCAAAAGGGUUCCGCUGGAAAAAUCGGGUCCGCCCAGAAGAGCAGGCUCUCCCACAGUGCGUCCACGCAUCCCUGGCUCCGGCCCGGCCACCGUGGGGCCCGGCAGUCCCAUCAGGGCCCCACUGGACAUGUACUCCUCUUCCAAAAAGAAAAAGGGACUGCUCUCCAAAGGGAAGACACUAUUGCAAAGACUUGGCGCUGUAAAAUAACUUCUCGACUCCUUGUAGUGUUACAAAAAAAAAUGGAACACAGUGGACAGGUGGCAUUUGUGAGCUUAGCAAAUGCUUUAUUCUUGUACAUCUGUUGUAUACUAGGAUAUUUGUAUUUUGUUAACAGUAUCAACUACAUAUUUUCAAUAACGCAUUUCAUAUUAUGAUCCCGAGACGUCGUGGUGUCGGCCGAGUAUUGAGUAUCUUACCUCCAAGUCUCUGACUGAUGUUUUGCUGUAGACAGAGACAGGGCCCCGGGGCAUUCUCCAUUUUUGCACCUGGUCAAAUCCGAUGGCACUUAAUACGCCGCCGCCAUUACGAGUCUGACCAUUGUCUCUGUGUACGGACAUCAGAAUGUCAUUCAAACACUGAGGGAUCAAUUAAACAUUGAGAGUCCAUUUUUGAAUCCGAAGAUGGACUUGUUCAAAACAGCCAGUCACGUACAGUAAACUGUACGAGAGGUUUGCAUGCUUUACUUCAGCACAUUCCCUCCUGACCCCCAUGAGAGUGCAUGCAAUGUGAUAGGACCUGGAGCAUGCAGUACUUUAACGGCUGCACAGUAGCCUAUACUGUGACAAAUCAGCAGAAUUAACUCCUUGUCUAUGUGAUAGAGGCAAGUGUUCCCCCCUCACAAACAUGUCAGACACCUACUAAAACAAGCACAUACUGUACCUACUACAGGGUCUCUGCAUUAAAAAUCAGCCUGAAUGGAAAUGCAUAGUCGAUCCAACCUCCAUGUAUUUGCCUUAUAAUCGCACAACGGUUAGUACUUUGCCCAGUAGAGCAGUAGUGCACUUCCAUGCCCUACUAUUCAUUUUAUUGUUGCUACUUCAUCAAAAUCUGUUUGCAGAUCCUGACUUGUGACGUGCAGGGUAUUGUGUGACUGUCUUGAUUUCCAGAGAUAUUACAUAUAGCCGUCCAAGACUCCUGUUGUUGACAGUCUAUCAUCUAUAGUCAAGCCCAAAAAAAGAAAAUAUUUUUUAUCUUAGAAGAUAGAUAAUGAAAAAGGGCGUACUAAUUUUUGAGGAGUGAAUGAAGGGACUUUUUUUUUUUAUUUGAGUUCACUGUUUUUGAUGCCACACUGAUGCACAUCUGAUUUAAAACAAUGACUACUCUACAAAGGAAACCAUGUUACGUAAACAGAACAAAUAUAAGUGAUAUAGCAUCAGCAAGUCCAGUUAUUGUACUGCAUUUGAUUCAUAACAUGCAACACUUUUGGGCUUCACUAGAAGACUAAAGGUCACAGUAGUUGACGGCGAGACACAAGGCUACCUCUACGCUGCCCCUCCACCCCAAAAUCUAUUAGAUCUGUUUAUUCAAGCCAAUCUGUCAUCGAUGCCUGUUCAGUGUGUCCCGAGUUAGGUUGGUGCAGGAUACAAGUACUGUAUAUCAAUAUCUAUAUAUAUAUCUACACCUUAAUGUAGAGUAGUGAAUGUAUGAUGAAUUGAAAGCCAAUGUAUUUUCAAAGCUGCCCAAAAGGAUUGUGCAGAUGUCCCGUCUUUGUGCGUGAAAUGAAACAGUCCACCUUUAUUUCCUCACACCAUUCUUGUUUUCCAUUUCAUCCUCAUGUAUCUGAAAAAUCGAGCCUAUUUUUUCUACACACAAAGAGUUGAACUGAAACUGCCAAAAAAGAAUGUAUGCAAAACAUUCUGUAAUACUUUCUGUACAAUUCUCGGCCGAACAGCCAUGUUGACCUGCGGUAAACUGAUGUACACCUGUUCCUAUUUAUGGACCAUGUCUUCAGACAUUGCUUCUGUUCAUUUUUGAGUGACUGUUGCUCUUUUUGUACUUUGUCCAUUUGUAAAAUUGUUUUUAAAUGUUUAUACUUGAUUUUCAAACUGCCUUUUUUGUACAUUUAACUUUAUAAUCAAACAGUGCAAGCUUUCCCCAUGGUGUCUUGAAGACCAUAUCGUUUAAAAGUCUGCAAUUGUGUGCUAGCUUUAUGAUAAGAAUUAUCAGCCUAUAUUGAUGGUUACAAAUUAUUGUGUGGGUGUGCAUGUGCAAUCUUUUCUAAAAAAAAAAGAAAUCUAAAUAAAUUUGAUAUUUUGUAAUGUU